CUGACGACCUGGCCAGCCCGGGGCUGGGGCAGAAGCUGAGACGGCUGAGAGCGCAGCGCGGACUCCAAGGAGACGCCGGCCCACUGCCCGCCCGCUGGCCGCAGUUUGUUUGACAGUUGCCAGACUAUGUUUACACUUCUGGUUCUACUCAGCCAAUUGCCCACAGUUACCCUGGCGUUUCCUCAUUGCACAAGAGGCCCAAAAGCUUCUACGCAUGUGGGAGAAGAAGUGUUUACAUCAAAAGAAGAAGCAAACUUUUUCAUACAUAGACGCCUCCUGUAUAAUAGAUUUGAUUUGGAGCUCUUCACUCCUGGUGACCUAGAAAGAGAGUGCACUGAAGAACUUUGCAAUUAUGAGGAAGCCAGAGAGAUUUUUGUGGAUGAAGAUAAAACGAAUGCAUUUUGGCAGGAAUAUUCAGCUAAAGGACCAACCACAAAAUCAGAUGGCAACAGAGAGAAAAUUGAUGUUAUGGGCCUUCUGACUGGAUUAAUUGCUGCUGGAGUAUUUUUGGUUAUUUUUGGAUUACUUGGCUACUAUCUUUGCAUCACUAAGUGUAAUAGGCUACAACAUCCAGGCUCUUCAGCCAUCUAUGAAAGGGGUAGGCACACUCCCUCCAUCAUUUUCAGAAGACCUGAGGAGGCUGCCUUGUCUCCAUUGCCACCUUCUGUGGAGGACACAGGAUUACCUUCUUAUGAACAGGCAGUGGCACUGACCAGAAAGCACAGUGUUUCACCACCACCACCAUAUCCUGGGCCCACAAAAGGAUUCAGGGUAUUUAAAAAAUCUAUGUCUCUUCCAUCUCACUGACUACCUUGCCAUCUUGGUAUAAGAAAUUUGUGUUAUUUGAUAGGCUGGGCAUGGUGGCUCAUGCCUGUAAUCCCAGCACUUUGGGAGGCCAGGAGUUUGAGACUAGCGUGGCCAACAUGGUGAAUCCCCGUCUCUACUAAAAAUUCAAAAAUUAGCCGGGCAUGGUAGUGCAGGCCUGUAGUCCCAGCUAGUCAGGAGGCUGAGGCAGGAGAAUUGCUUGAAUCUGGGAGGCGCCAGUUGCAAUGUGGUGAAAUUGCAGCACCACUGCACUCCAGCCUGGGCAACAAAGCAAGACUCCAUCUCAAAAAAAAAAAAAGAAGAAGAAAAAGAAGAAGAAAUUCAUGUUAUUUGAAAUGGUUUGUUCUCCCUGAACCAAAAAAGGCAUGUCUCCAGCUUUUUAUGACAAACUGCAAGGAAUAAAGGAAGAAUAAGCCAUGUGUUGCACCACAGAAGCUCUGUCUGCAUCUUGAACCUGAACUUGAUCAUUAUCAGCUUGAUAAGAGACUUUCUGACUCUAUAUCCUUGCAGUUAAGAAGAAAGCACAUUUUUGUAAUGUUCGUUUUAGUGGUUCAAAAAAAAAUCUUUGUUAUAAAGAGCAUAGGUAGAAUUGGUGAACUCUUUGCAUCCUUUGUACAGAUAAAGGUUAUAGAUUUCUCGUCCUGAAUAUUAAAAAAGC